AGAUGUUACACAACAGAAUGAACAGAAAAUUCAGUACUUUAUGGCUCUCACAGGAAAUUCCAGUUCAAAUAACAGGGAGUUUGAAGUCCCCAACAUGCCAACCAGUAGUGUGUGUGUGAUGGCAUAAUGACAACAAGAAACAACAAACACUUUCAGGCAAGCAACACAAGCAGCAGUCAUGGACUUUAACGGCACCUGGAAAGUUUAUUCUGAGGAAAACCUUGAGGAUUUCCUGAAAGUAGUCGGUGUACCUGAAAAGGUUGUCAAGAUGCGUAAGGAAGUCAAACCUGUGAUAGUGAUAGAGCAGAAGGGCAAAGACUUCACCUACACAAUGAAGACUCCCGUGUUCACAAAAGUCCACUCGUUCAGCAUCGGAAAAGAGACAGAAAUUACCACUUUGGAUGGCAAGAAGAUUAAGUGCAUCAUGAGAGAGGACGAUGGGAAGCUGAUUGCUGAGACCGACAAGUUCACCACUGUCCGAGAAAUCCAAGGGGAGGACAUGGUUGAGACUGUCACUGCCGGCUCUGUAACUUUCAUCAGCAGAAGUAAACGAGUCUAAUCAACACCCUGUGGAUCUCUCUCAGGCCUUCUCAUCUCCAAGCAAGGA